UAGUCUUGUAAUUCAUCAGUCUCCAAUUCUAUUCCGUUCGAAUCGCUCAUAGAGCAAACAUACCUUAUCGCCUUGAAUAUUUCAUAGUGCAUCGCGUUGAAUUUAAUUUCUUUUUUUUAAUUUUAAGUUCAUUGAAAAUGUGAACAGUGUUUGUGGUGUGUCUGAAGAAUCAAAUAAAUUUUGGUUUUCCUUUCUUUUGUGUUGAUAAUCGGUUAGACUCGAAACGCAACCAAAUAAAAAAGAAAGAACGAAAGGUGACAGAACGGUUGUAUAGCACCGAAAUUCCAUACACCGAAAUCGUGUACAUGCAAAGUGAAUUCUUUUUUUUUAAUUAAUUUUUUUUUCGUGCACUUCGUGUUAGUUUUUGUUUACUGAAUCACUUUUAUUCGCGUAUUAUUACACAACGUAACCUCAACCUAUCAACAGUCAUCGUACAUCUAUCAACAGAGUAUAAACGUAAAUAUGGCAUUGAAGGAACAAGAAGUAGGAGUCGGGGACUUUGUUCUACUCGACGAAAUUACCGUGGAAAAGUUUAUGGAAAACAUCAAAAUUAGAUUCGACUCACGUAAAAUAUACACAUACAUUGGUGAAGUAUGCGUAUCUAUGAAUCCAUAUCGUCAAAUGAACAUCUACGGACCGGACAAUGUUAACAAAUAUAAAGGCCGGGAAUUGUUCGAGAAUACACCACACAUAUUCGCAAUAGCUGAUGCUGCGUACAGAGCAAUCAAACAACGGCAUCGCGACACAUGCAUUAUGAUAUCUGGCGAAUCGGGUGCUGGUAAAACAGAAGCAUCGAAAAUUAUUAUGAAAUACAUAGCAGCGAUUACGAAUGCAGGCGGACAGAAUGAGAUUGAAAGGGUCAAAAACGUUCUCAUCCAGAGCAAUGCCAUUCUGGAAACGUUCGGCAAUGCUAAGACGAAUCGGAAUGAUAACAGCAGUCGAUUUGGGAAAUAUAUGGACAUUGAAUUCGAUUACAAGAGUGAUCCCGUUGGGGGAGUUAUAACAAAUUAUUUACUGGAGAAAUCGCGUGUUAUACAACAACAGCCUGGUGAACGGAAUUUUCAUUGUUUUUAUCAGCUCCUUCGAGGCACCUCGGACAGUGAUCUAAAACAAUAUCACUUGACCCGUGACCCGAAUCAGUACUUCUACACCAACCAAGGCAGCCAAGAAACGUUGUCCGAACAAAGUGACUACAAGGCGACAACAAAUGCAUUCAGGGCGCUUGGCUUCACUGGCGACGAGGUGUCGUCAAUAUGGAAAGUCGUUGCAGCCGUUUUACAUUUGGGAAAUAUCAGUUUUAAAACCGAAGACGAUAACAUUGUCAUUGCGAGCAAGCCGGCACUGCAAUACGCCUCGAAGCUGCUACAAGUAACCGAAACGGAAAUGACCAAUUCCCUCACACAACGAGUGAUAGCCGCACGUGGUGAUGUUAUGAUGAAAUCGCACAAUGUUACCCAAGCCGAAUUCGGUCGCGAUGCACUGGCGAAAGCUAUUUAUGAUCGUUUAUUUACGUGGAUCAUAAAUCGUAUAAACAAGUCGAUCAUUGUGCCCGGACAGAAGCGGUACAACAAUGUGAUUGGCGUGCUGGAUAUUUACGGUUUUGAAAUAUUCGACACAAAUUCGUUUGAGCAAUUCUGUAUAAACUAUUGCAAUGAGAAGUUGCAACAAUUGUUUAUUGAAUUGGUGUUGAGACAGGAACAGGAAGAAUACAAUCGUGAGGGAAUCGAAUGGACGAACAUCGAUUAUUUUAACAAUCAGAUCAUUUGUGACCUCGUCGAACAACCGCACAAGGGUAUCAUUUCGAUAAUGGACGAAGCAUGUCUUACCGUUGGUAAGGUCACCGACGAAACGUUGCUCGACGCAAUGGACAAAAAGCUGGCAAAUCAUCCGCAUUACACUAGCCGACAAUUGAAGCCAAUGGACAAAGAGCUGAAGCACCGAGAACAUUUCCGGAUUACUCACUACGCGGGCGAUGUCAUCUACAGUAUAACCGGAUUUAUCGAAAAGAAUCGCGACACCCUGUACCAAGAUUUCAAGCGGCUUUUGUACCACUCGAAAGACAGAAAUUUGUCGGAUAUGUGGCCGGAAGGUGCCCAGGACAUAACUAAAACAACGAAACGACCACUGACUGCUGGAACAUUGUUCCACAAAUCAAUGGUCGAUUUGGUCGCCACACUACUGAAGAAGGAACCAUUUUACGUGCGUUGCAUCAAACCGAAUGACACCAAGAGUCCGACCAUAUUCGAUGACGUACGUGUUGAGCAUCAAGUUCGGUACUUGGGAUUGCUGGAAAAUGUCCGAGUGCGACGAGCUGGUUUCGUUCAUCGUCAACGUUACGACAAAUUCUUGCUGCGAUACAAGAUGAUAUCGCAGUAUACGUGGCCGAAUUUCAAAGCCGGCACGGACAAGGAUGGGGUCAAGGUGUUGGUGAAAGAGAAGGGUUUCGCCAAUGACGUCAAAUUCGGCAAAACGAAAAUAUUUAUCCGGUCGCCGCAGACAUUGUUUGCUUUGGAGAAGGCGAGAAACGAUAUGAUUCCGCACAUAGUUACGUUGUUGCAGAAACAAGUGCGAGGUUGGAUCUGUCGCCAGAGGUACAAGAAGAUGAAGGCGGCUCUAGUGAUUAUGCGUUACUACAGAAAGUACAAACUUCGAGGAUAUGUGCAAGAUCUGGCUCACCGAUUCCGGCACGCCGAUCAAAUGAGAGACUAUGGCAAGUCGAUAACUUGGCCACGACCACCACUGGUCGGACGCAAUGCCGAAAACGGUCUACGCCGGUUGUUCAACAAAUGGCGCGCGUACAUGAUCCUACGCAAAUAUCCCCGAUCCGAAUGGCCUCAAUUGCGGCUGCAAGUAAUCGCCGCCAGUGCAUUGAAGAAACGACGAAAAUUCUGGGGACACGAUCGCAAAUGGGCUGGCAACUAUUUGUCGCAAACGGCCGAAAAUUCGAACUAUUCGAAUUUCAAUGCCAGCAUCAAUAACAUGAAGAACACCGACAACUUUAAGGCGGUUCUGUUUUCGUCCUUUGUGAAAAAGUUCAAUAAAUGCAACAAGAGCGCAGACCGAGCGAUUAUAUUGACCGAUGCCGGUGUGUACAAAUUGGAUGGAUGCAAGAACAAAUUCCGGAAUAUGAAACGGUCCAUUGCAAUCAAAGAGCUCACCUCCAUCAGCAUCAGCCCCGGUCGUGAUCAACUGAUAAUUUUCCAUUCACACCAAGGAAACGAUUUACUGGUAGCAUUGCAGGGCGAAGACUUCCCACUGAAAGAGGACCGCAUCGGUGAACUGGUCGGCAUCGUUUGUAAACGAUAUCAAGAACUCAACAAUCAAGAAUUGUCGGUGAAUGUGAGCGCUUCAAUUCCAUGCAAACUGGGCAACAAGCAAAAAACCGUUACGAUCGAAGGUGUUGCAACCAUUGACACACCGUCAUUCCGACAUUCCGGUCAUGUAAUUAUAUUCGAAGUGCCUUCAUCGUAUUGCAAUUCCAAUUGAGUGGGUGAUGGAGGAAGAAUGUAAAUUUUGAUGCGGUUUUUUGGGUUGGUUUUGGAUUGGUGGCUGUUGAUUGGAAAACGUGCAACCGAACAACCAACGAAACGUUAGAGUGUUUUUUUGUUUAAGAUUUUAUUUUACAAUUUUAGUUGUUUAAGAUUGACGAAUUUUAACACGUCGUAUGAUAACUGCUGCUGUGUGUAUUAUAGGAAUUUCUUCUUCUUCAUUGUACGUCAUUCAAGUAUUACGUCAAACACUUAAUUAUUCGUUUCCUUUUUACUUAGAUUUUAAAAUAAUUUUUCUUUUAAUUUAAUUUAAUUUAUAAAUCGGGUCCCAAACGGGACGGCAUUUUUGCUCCUUAAUUUUUUUUUUUUUUUAUUAUAUUGCAACAUGUUACCUUUUAAAGCUUGUUAUAAAUGGAAAUCAUUAUUUUCUCGUCCGUUGAAUACCUUAGCGCAUUUUCUGUAAGAAAAACUGUACUUACCUUUUGCCCUUUUGUUAAACAUUUUUAAUUAGAAUUUUAUGCAAUCCACACAAUAAUGUAUAACCAUGUAGCCGAACGUGUAACCAAUAGAGAUGGUAGAGAUAUGAUAAAAUUACCCUACACGACCAGAAGUUACUAACAUAGACAUUUAGUUGCAAUUUCAUUUUUUUUGUUGUUAUUUUUUACUUCUCGCUUGUUAGAUGAGAAAAUUUUAAGAAAAAUAUUUUUUACAGAAAGAAAUUGUAUUUUAUAAAGCUAGAACCAUGAAGUGGUAGCUUGGUUCGAGGUGGCGUCAAUGGUUCGAGACGAAGUCGAGAACUUAGUUUACGACACUGAGAACGAAGAUAUCACUUCACAUUGAAUCUUUCGAGCAUUGAUCUUUACUGUGACGGUCUUAGCACGGUCUUUUAGAAAGUUUUUGUGAAAAUCGAGAAUUUAAAAUUUUUUCUAGAAAUUUAAGAAGUUUCUAGAAGUUCAAGAACUGUCCAGAAACUGCAGAAUUUCCCAGAAACUGAAGAAUUUCGCAGAAAUUAAAGAAUUUCCCAGAAAUUAACGAAUUUUCCACAAAUUAACGAAUUUCCCAGAAAUUGAAAAAUUUCCCAGAAACUGAAGAAGUUUCUAGAGGUCCAACUGUCCAGAAACUGAAGAAUUUCGCAGAAACUGAAGAAUUUCCCAGAAAUUAAAGAAUUUCCCAGAAAUUAAAGAAUUUCCCAGAAAUUAACGAAUUUCCCAGAAAUUAACGAAUUUCCCAGAAACUGAAGAAGUUUCUAGAUGUACAAGAACUGUCCAGAAACUGAAGAAUUUCCCAGAAAUUAAAGAAUUUUCCAGAAAUUGAAAAAUUUCCCAGAAUUUGAAGAAUUUCGCAGAAACUGAAGAAUUUCCCAGAAAUUAAAGAAUUUCCAAGAAAUUAACGAAUUUCCCAGAAAUUAACGAAUUUCCCAGAAAUUAACGAAUUUCCCAGAAAUUAACGAAUUUCCCAGAAAUUGAAAAAUUUCCCAGAAACUGAAGAAGUUUCUAGAGGUACAAGAACUGUCCAGAAUUUGAAGAAUUUCGCAGAAAUUGAAAAAUUUCCCAGAAAUUGAAAUUUUUUCCAAAAAGUGAAGAGUUUCCCUGAAUUUAAAGAAUUUCCCAGAAAUUGAAGAAGUUUCUAAAAGUUCAAGAACUGUCCAGAAAUUAAAGAAAUUUACGGAGUUCAGGAAUUUUCUAGAAAUUGAAGAAUUUCCAAGAUAUUUGUUCUCGAGUUUCCUAAUUUUCUUGAUUUUAAGAGACUUCACAGGUAACACUUCUGGCAAAUCCGACACAAAUUUAUAAAACAUUUUAAAAUUUCAAACCUCGGAACAGGUUGGGUUUCUUCCAAUGGAAAACCGUUCCCCCGAUGGAAAACCGGCGACCUGAGGUAGUUCAGAUCUGUUGGAAUAUCCAGAGGUAGCAGCUUGAUUGAAAGAAAGAAUUAGAGUUCAAUCUGAAUAGCUUUUAUUGCAAACAAAUAAUUUAGUGACUUGAUGUGACGAAAGGCUUUUAUCGAAUGAAUAUUUUCCAGAAUGAAUUUUGACCGAUUACUUGAUUGAAUACUUCAACAAGAUCAGGUUCAGGCUUCUCUUUCCAAAUGACCUAAUCUAACCAAUGAAAACAUUGACUCUUCAAAUUUUGUCCUUAUCCAAAGUUCAUUGAUCGGCAGCAAAUUGUUGUUCUGAAGGCAAUAAAUUUGAAUGAAAGAGUAGGAUGAACCAAAAAUUUAGUUUUGAAAAUUAAAAAUUUUACAGAUCGCUGGGUCAUCCUUAAUGUGGACCAUGUGUUUUUGUUUGUCUUUGACAUCGAACUAAUAGGAUCACAACCUUUUCGUUUCUGAGAUGUGCCUUUUGCUUAUUUCAGCUGAAUUUGUCAGUUGCUUUGCAUUCUCACAGCGACGAGCUACAAAUGUCACCAUCUCGAGUAUAAAUUUGUGACAAGACACUACAUAGUUUGUGGUCCAAGGAAUGUUUAUUUGUUAGUGGUCGCUUAGCGAGAAAAUUAUUGUCAACGCGCUGCACAAUUUUUUUUCUCACACGUUAUGCAUAACAUAUUUUGCUCCCAAGCCAUCGACAACAUUACUUUUCAUGUUUCGAGCACUACCUUCGACUUCUUCGGCAUGUUAAAUCCAUUACAUACCUCGGGACAAAAAUGAAAAGUCUUAUUUUCGUGACUUUAUUGACCUCGGCUACGUCUCGGAUUAACAAAAUUCACACGAAAACUCUACUUUUCAUCCCUAGUCAUGUAAAAUACUAUGCAAAAUGCCAAAUGAAAUUAUUGAGUCGAGAUUAGCUCGUUGAAGUGAUUGGAACUAAAUUUUAGGACAUUUCACAGGAAUGGACAUGAGGAAUGAUCAAUGUUGAAAGCUUUACAUUGCUUGAAAAACUUCUAGACUUAUAAGGAGAAAUAAAACGUGGCCUAACAUCGAAUGUACAUCGAAGAAAAACUUUUAAGAAACUAAAUUUUUUACGUAAAAUAUUUUUAAUCAACGAAGUAAAAUCCGUCUAUUAAACCUUUAAGAAAUUGGCAUAGUCAUCUACAACGACCUAUGGUCUCUAAUAAAAGUAAAAUGUGUGUCAGAACGAAUGAACCAAACAGAAGAUGAAGCCAACCGAUUUAAUGAGUGCAUUGCAAUAUGCUUGUCGUUUCUAAAAGGUUCAAUAGAAUUUUUAAGUGCCAUUAAAGCUAAUAAAAAAAUUGUAAUUUUUAAAAAAGAGUUCAAAAUCAAUAAGUUUUGUACGACAAAACCGAUUUCGAUCCGCGCAUUUAAACUGCAAGCAUUUUAACGACACACACAGUACACUAACAAAGAAAA